ACAAGCUGCUAUGCUCUCCUGAAGAUGGCAGUUGUUUCCAACACACUGGUUUCAUUUGCAUGUAUACAAUGAGAAGUAACAGAGAUCUUGACUUCGUGACAAUGGUGAGAAGGCUCUGAACUACCUUUGCCCCAAAUAAAUGGCAGUUAGUACUAACCUCUUUAAUUUCCCAAGAAAACAACUGCUCAGAACACUGUCCGAGUCAAAGUAUAGAUGACAAGCCAACUUUUAAAGCAAAGAAGUGAAGCCUCUGUGAUAACCUUGCAAAGUUGCAACUGGCCAGGGUGGGAAGAAGUCAAUGGAGAUCCUCCGGGAAACGCCAGCACGCGCCCCACAAGUCACCCAAUCCUUCCCAGUCACGCGUGGAUCGGGUCGCCCAGUCCUCUAGGCUCUGAACGGCCCAAGUGCCUUAAGGCCCAUAACAUUUCGCAAGCAAAUUUUCCCGGCCCAAUCGACCAAAGGACAACCAGUCAAGCGUGUGGACGUCCGACUCCAAGUCUGUCUGUCUGUCUCCGCGUUCCCCAGGAACUCGCCCCCAAAUCCGCCGUCCCCCAAGUCUCCGGCGCGGCGGCGCCUCUGCAGAGCCCUCCUCCUUUUCUAGCAGAUCCGCUCGAACCCAUCCGAAGGACUCCCGGGAGGCGCCCUUCUGCAUCGAUGCCGGCUUCCUCCAAACCCUCGCCGUCGCCCCUUCUCGUGAAGCCAAGGAGAGGGACGACAAGCAUGUCUACCGUCUAGAAGUGCGUGCUUCUCUCUUCGGCCCUGCUCGCCGUCUUGUGCUUCGCGGCCCAGCGGUACUCCGGCCACGGCCACCGCCGCGAUCCUAUUCCUACCCCGCGUCCAACGCCCCUGGAGAUCCUCAUCCGUAAGAAGACGACGUCUCCUGGCAUCGCCGACAUGGCGGCCGGGUGCCUUCCGCGUGCUAGGGAGGCGGGCAGCAGGGCGGCUGCGGGAUCUGGGAAGAAUUUCGUCGUCUCGCCGCUCUCCAUCCACGCGGCGCUCGGCUUGGUGGCCGCGGGCGCGCGGGGCGACAUGCGGCAGCAGCUCCUGGAGUUCCUCGGCUCGCCGUCGCUCGACGCGCUGCACGGCGCCACCGCGACGGAGCUGGUCGGCAAGCUCAACGGGCUAGAGCAGACCUCCUUCGCCUCAGGCGUGUGGGUCGACCGGAGGCGGGCGCUCAGGCCGGAGUUCAUGGCCGUCGGCAGGGAGCGAUACUCGGCCACGGCAGAAUCCGUGGACUUCAUAAAUGACGCCGAGAAGGAGAGGCAGCUGGUGAACGCGUUCGUGAAGGACGCCACGAAGAAUCUCAUCAGCGAGGUCCUCCGUCCCGGCUUCGUCAGCUCGUCAACGGUGGUUGUCCUCGCCAACGCCCUCUACUUCAAAGAGACGUGGUCCAAGCAGCCGUUCGACCCGUCGGAGACCUUCGACGCGCCCUUCCACACCCCAGACGGCAGUGUCGUGCGCGUGCCGUUCAUGACAGGCCAGGGUGACAAGCAUGUUGCCGUCUAUCAGGGCUUCAAGGCCCUCAGGCUGCCAUACAAGAGCGAUGAUGGCGAUGGCAGGCGAUUUUACAUGCUGCUGCUUCUCCCUGACAAAACUACCAACCUGAAGCUCAGUGAUCUCUACGACCAGGCCGUCUCGACAUCAGGGUUCAUCAAGAACCACAGUCCGAUGGUGGAGGUUCUGGUGGGGCGGUUUAUGGUCCCCAAGUUCAAGUUCACGUUCGAUUUCGAGGCAUCGUCGGACAUGCAUAAGCUUGGACUGACCAAGCCUUUCGAAGGCAGCGACUUCUCAGGCAUGGUGAGCAGUGGGGAUGGGCUCGGCAUCACGGCGGUGCACCAUAAAGCCACCGUCGAGGUGGACGAGCUGGGCACCGUCGCCGCCGCCACCACAGCCAUCACCAUGGCUGGUAGUGCUCUUGAUACAAGCCCACCAAAGCCUCGUGUGGAUUUCGUGGCAGAUCGGCCGUUCUUAUUCGCCAUUGUUGAGGAGAGGUCGAGCGCGGUGAUGUUCCUUGGUCAUGUGGUCAAUCCUUUGGAUCACUAACCCAUUGCUCAUUGCAAAUUACUCUGGCCUCUCUCGGAACGCACUUAUAGCUGUUCCUCUUUCUUUUGCGAGCUUGACAAUUAUUUUUUACAUACUUUUGAAUUUCCAUGCAAAGAAAAAAUGAAUUAAUCUUCUCUUCGUUCUUAGAAUGGUUAAAGGAAAUAUUAUGUUGGAGGUGGAAUUGGUGUUAUUUUUUCAAUUACCGUUCAAGU